AUGCCAGACACCCCAGAAUCACCAGUCCCCGUCCAGGAUGAAGAAAAGACACAACCAGACAUCGACAUCCAAGCCCUCGGUAUCUCGCCCGCCGACCUACCUCCCAUCGAUACCGAAGACGAGACCCUCCAACGAAUCCCCUGGUCCUACAAAUGGAUCGCCCUCCUCUGCAUCGUCUCCCUCCCUAUCGGACACACCUGGACGGGUUCCGCUCUCGGCCCGCUCAAGAACACACUGCGCAACGAGCUCGGCGUAAAUAAUGCGCAGUUCGGCGUCAUCAGCAGCGCCGACGCCUUUGUCAACACCGUGUUUCCGAUUGUUGGCGGGUUGGUGCUCGACUGGUGGGGACCGAACCUCGUUACGCUGUGCUGCACUGCCGUGAUCCUCGUCGGGUCCGUGGUUGCAGCGGCCGGGGUACAGGUUGGGCUGUGGAGGGUUCUUGUGAGCGGGCAUGUGCUCAUGGGGUUCGGUAUUGCGGUGCUAGACUCUGCUACGCAAAAGUUCUUCUACCACUGGUUCGGCGCAUCAGGCCUCGCCUUUGCCUUCGGCCUCGAGUCCGCCAUCGCCAACACGGUCAGUCUCGUCUCGGGCAUGGUCGCCAUCCCCAUCCGCGACGGAACAGGUUGGUACGGUUGGACAUUCUGGAUCCCCGUUUUCUUCUGCGGCUUCUCCCUUAUCGUAAACAUCGCCUACGUGACCUUCGAGCGCCUCGCCGUCCCGCCGCGCUUCCGACUGACCUCGGGCCGAGCCCGCGCCAUCGCCGAGCAGCAGAACCUCUCGGACCGACGCCGCUUCUCCUGGAACGUCUUAUUCGCCUUGCCAUGGGCCUACCUCAUGCUCCCCGCGACACAGCUGCUCCAGAGCGGUGCCGCGGGCGGUUUCAGCACAAGCUCGGCCGACAUCAUCUUCAUGAAGGGGUAUACGGAGGCAGUGGCGGGAUACCUGUCGACGGCGCAGAAGAUUCUGCCCAUUGUUCUGAGCCCGUUUGUCGGCCUUGCUAUCGACAAGUACGGACACCGGUUUCACUACGUGGCGACGGCCCCGGUAUUGUGGAUUAUUGCUUGCGCAAUGUUGGGGUUCACCGACGUCCAUCCACUUGCGGCACUUGUCUUUUCUAGCUUGGCGGGCGUGAUCAACUCGAUGCCAUUGCAGAUUUGUAUUCCGCUGCUGGUGGCGGACCAGGCAAAGAUCGGGACGGCGUUUGGGGUGUGGAGGGCGUUUAACAACUCUGGGUCGACGAUUGUAAGUCGAACUUCUUCACGUCUUCCGCGGCCUUCCAUUGCUCUGUUGCUUUUGGAGCACUUGAGACAGGUACUAACGUCUACUUCCUAG